AUGUCCGUCUUUGCGGAUGACUUCAAUCCGUCAGGGACGGCUUCCGUAGAAGCUCUUCGGGUAUAUUUGAUACUGGUAUGGUUCCAUGGAUUUGUAAUGAAUGUGUCCAAAGAUACGGUAACCCGGCUACAUUUACCGUUUGCUGAAUCCAUAUCGAAGCUCCGACCAGCAUUCCGGAAUUCUUUAGCUUCCGUUACGACAUUUCAAUCGCUUCGUCACAGUGAUGAUGUCAGCAGUGCGAUGUCUAGUGAAGACAAGGUGGACCCUCAAGAAUGCCGUGUGUUUCUGGAUAUCUUGGCAUCGCUAAGCGCGAUCAAUAGGGUAAGUUGGAGCUAG